CAGACUUAGAGAUCUUAACUUUGUUAAUACUCUAGACUUCUCUGUCAAUUGUUCAGAAUUCUUCCAUUCAUUUAAGCCUAAAUUUCCAUCGUAAAAAGGCCUGUUUGUUUCAGUGAUCUGUACACAUCCUACUAUCUGCAUUAAUGGCUACAGUCACGAGAUUGGGGGAGGAAUAUCCUGUGGUGAUCUUCAGCAAAAGCUCUUGCUGCAUGAGCCACAGCAUCAAGACACUGAUAUACAGUUUCGGGGCAAACCCGAUAGUCUAUGAACUUGAUGAACACUCAAAUGGACAGCAACUGCAAAAGGAACUCAAGGCAUUAGGCCAUAAGCCUAGUGUACCUGUAGUUUUCAUUGGAAAGAAACUCAUUGGCGGGGCUAAUGAGAUCAUGAGCCUCCAUGUCCAAGGCAAGCUAGUGCCGAUGCUUCUAAAGGCUAAAGCUAUCUGGAUAUAGCUUAUAAGUUGUAAUAGUUGCAUGAUCUUGUACUGACUGGAGAAAAGUUUUGUUAGGCACUUGAGACUACCUCCAUGUGAGUAUCUAUAUAGCUGUUUUUGCUACUAUCAAA